AUGUCAUACAUUGCUCCCAUACACAGACCUAGCAGUGUUCGAUAUGCAGUGAAGCUGUGUCUAUUAGACCCGGAGCAGGAGUGUCUUGUGCUUGGGAAAGGAAACAGGAUAGAAAUAUGGAUACCUACAGAAGAUGGCCUGGUGAUGGAAAGCUCGAGGCCUAUCUACGGUCGAAUUUCUAUGCUCGCAAAGAUCCGCCCCGAAGGAAUGCCCACCGAUCUCCUCUUCGUAGGAACCUCCCGAUUCCAGUACGUCGUUCUGGCAUAUAAUAGUGAAACAAAUGAGCUCGAAACACGACAGAGUUUUCAAGACGUUCUCGAAAAGCACAUGCGCGACUCGCAAAGUAGGGACUUGUGUCUUGUUGACCCGACUGGGAAAUAUCUGGUGCUGGAGCUGUUUGAGGGGGUCUUGACCUGCAACAAGAUUCUCAAGCCUCGGAAAGGCAAAAUAUACCCUCUAGAAGAAAAGUUCGACCCAUUGCGAAUCACCGAGCUGAAAUUACGGGCUACGACUUUCUUAUACACUGAAACGAAGCAACCGAAGAUUGCAUUCCUGUACGAAGUUGGAACCGGUGGCGACGUGCGAUUAGCAACAUACAGGUUGGUGGAUGAGAAGCUAUCUUGGUCAAAGUUCGAUGUAAACAGGAAUCGGGAAAAUGAAGUUGACAAUCUGGACGAGGAUGCCAGCCAUCUGAUACCCAUUCCGAAGAAUCCUGGACAGAAGAGAUACAUCGUAAGGAAUGCGCAAGUAUCAAAGGCACACUUAGGUGGCGUGGUUGUUGUGGGCGAAGCGAAGUUCACAUAUCUCGACGAUGAGAGUCGGGCAGUUAUUGAAUAUUCAUUGCCUACACCUUCGAUCUUUGUGGCGUGGGUGGCAUACGAUGAUUUGCGCUAUCUAGUGGGAGACAUGUACGGCAAUAUCCAUGUUUUGACCAUUCUGACCCAAGAUGCGGAAGUGAUUGGUAUGAAUUUGAAGUUGCUAGGUCACGUUUCGAAACCUACAGUCAUGGUCAACAUUGGAGAUGGAAUUUUCUUCAUUGGGUCUCACGAGGGCAAUUCUCAAGUUGUCAAAAUCGACCUCGACGAGAUAGAAUGGAGUCUGAGCGUACUGCAGACUAUGGACAAUGUAGCACCUGUUCUCGACUUUGAGGUCAUGGAUCUAGGGAAUCGAGAUGGCGAAACACAGUCAAACGAGUACUCUACUGGUCAAGCUCGAUUAGUCACUGGCAGUGGUGCCUUUGAAAGUGGAAGUUUAAGGAGCGUCAGGAGUGGUGUUGGGCUCAACGAUCUCGGUAUACUGAUCGAUGACUUGGAAGAUAUACGUGGAGUCUUCGCUCUACGUUCCAGCCCACGAUCACAAUUUGACGACGUCCUGGUUGUUUCCUUACCUACAGAAACUCGCAUUUUCACUUUCGAUGGGCAAGAGAUCGAAGAGGUCGACAGCUUUAGAGGCUUGGAAGUAGGCGGUCCGACAUUGCUGGCGAUGAAUCUUCCGAGCGGCAUGAUCUUACAAGUCACAGAGACAUCAAUCAAGAUACUGGGUCCUGGUCCGUCGUAUGAAGCAGGGGAAUGGAGACCUCCACAAGGAAAAUCUAUCACUACUGUCUCUGCAAAUGCUGGCCAUAUCCUACUGUCAGCAAAUGGAAUAACCCUCGUGUCGCUAGACAUUACACAAGGCCUGAAAGAGAUGGCGUCUUGGACUCUGGAUCAAGGAAAUGAGAUUGCCUGUGUCCAUGUGCCAAGUCAAUAUCCUAAUAUUGGAUUUGUGGGUUUCUGGAAAUCAGGCACAAUCUCUGUAUUGGACCUGUCGAACUUGGAAGUCAUUUUCUCAGAGAACUUGAGCCGCCGAAAUAAUGCUUCGAUUCCUAGACAUAUCGUCAUGGCACAGAUACUUCCUGAAGCGACUUCUGGACCAACUCUCUUUGUUGCAAUGGAAGAUGGAGUUGUGCUGACAUUUAGUGUCGACAAGUCAAGCUAUCAUCUCUUCGGCAGGAAAAGCAUAGUCUUGGGUACUCAGCAUGCUCAAUUCCACAUAUUACCUCGGAAAGGCGGCCUCAAUAAUGUCCUCGCCACCUGUGAGCAUCCCAGCCUGAUUUACGGAUCCGAAGGUCGCAUCAACUACUCAGCUGUUACUGCAGACGACGCUACAUCGGCAUGCCCAUUUGAUAGUGAAGCUUUCCCUGCUUCUGUAGUAGUGGCUACGUCGACGAACUUGAAAAUAUCCGAAAUUGAUACGGAGAGACGGACACAUGUCAGAACAUUACCUAUGGGCAGGACUGUCAGGAGGAUUGCUUACUCUGCCGCUGAAAGAGCUUUUGGCAUUGGUUGCAUAAAGCGUGAACUGCGCGACGGCGAGGAAGAGAUCACCAGCACAUUUACCCUUGUCGAGGAUAUGCUCUUCAAUCAAGUCGGCGAGCCAUACGUACUUGAAGAUGCCAAUGGACCCGAGCUCAUCGAGUGUAUUAUGCGUACCGAGUUGCCUAGCUCCCGCUUGGGAGAGAACGGGACACGAGAACCGGUAGAACGGUUCAUUCUGGGCACUAGCUUUCUCGAUGAAGCCACAGAUCAAAAUAUUAAGGGUCGCAUCCUCGUGUUCGGAAUUGAUGAUGAGAGAAGUCCAUACCUCAUCUCGUCGUUGAAUCUUAAAUGUGCAUGUCGGCGAGUUGCCAUUCUGGAUGGAAAGAUCGUUGCAGCUCUCACCAAGACUGUUGUUAUUUAUAAGUAUGAGGAAACAUCUGAAAAGUCUGGCGACUUCACAAAACUGGCGACUUUUCGCAGUACAACUGUUCCUAUCGACCUCUGCGUCACUGGCAACAUCAUCGCUGUGGCUGAUAUGAUGCAAUCUGUUUCGAUAGUAGAAUAUAUUCCUGGCAAGGGAGGCUUGCCCGACAAGUUGGAACAAGUUGCGAAGGACUACCAAGCAUGCUGGGCCACAGCCGUGGCAGAAGUCGAAGAAAAUUCCUGGUUAGAAGCUGAUCAUGAUGGCAAUCUUUUAGUGCUGAGCCGCAACAUUGACGGUGUAACACUUGAGGAUAAGAGGAGGAUGCGUGUCACAAGCGAAUUGAACCUAGGAGAACAGGUGAAUGUUAUCCGAAGGAUCAAUAUUGAACCAUCGCCAAAUGCCAUGAUUGUUCCUAGGGCAUUCCUAGGAACGGUAAGUCUUCCAUCAACCAGGCUCGAUGCCAAGCUAACAGUUUUCACAGACCGAAGGUUCUAUCUACUUGUAUUCAACCAUCCUCCCAGCAUCUCAAGACAUCCUCAUGCGCCUCCAAGAACAAAUGGCCAAUCACAUCUCAACAGUCGGCGAUCUCGACUUCAAAAUAUAUCGUUCAUUCAAGAACGCUGA